AUGCCGCAUAUCAGUGCCGCCUAUCAGUGCCCUCAUCAGUGCCACCUAGCAGUGCCAGUCCAGUGCCACCUAUCAGUGGCAGUCAGUGCCGCCUAUCAGUGCAAUAUAUGAGUGCUGCCUUUCAGUGCCAAUCAGUGAUGCCUGUCAAUGCCCCCUAUCAGUGACCAUCUCAGUGCAGCCUAUCAGUGCCAUAUAUGAGUGCCUGCCUUUCGUUGCCCAUCAGUGAUGCCUGUCAAUGCCCAUCAGUGCCACCUACCAGUGCCUCCUCCAUCAGUGCCCAUCAGUGCCACCUAUCAAGUGUCCAUCAGUGCAGCCUAUCAGUGCAGCCUCAUUAG